GCCCGGGCUGGCUCGGCAGAUGGAGCUGCUCCCCAAGGAUGCAGUGGAAUGCUGGGCUCAGACACCACUUAGAGCAGAGCCCUGGGCUGGGCAAGGAGAUUAUUUCUGCACUUUUAUUUCUGCCAGAUGGGGAAGGAGGGGCUUGUUUCAGUGAGCAGCAGCUAGGACUGAACCACUGUGCAGUGAACUCUGCUCCAUUUCCAUAGCGAGGGGCUCAGGAACAGAAAGCCCCAGGAAAUAUUUCUGCUUCAGAUGUGAGCUGGACUCGCAUGUCUCUACGGGGGUGUUUGCAAAGGCACGAGCCAGCAGUGAUCACACCAAGAUGAGCUGUCAGCCCUCAGUGCAGUGGGCAGUGCAGGGACAUCAGUGCUCUUGUCCCCGUGCACAGACCUCACGCAGUCCCUGGCAAUGCCUGCGUCCCCGGCGGGUCCCCUCACGGGUUAAGCAUGGCUCACCCCGACAGCUUGCUGAAAAACUAACCCACUGUCUCCUUUUGGUGACGGGGAGGCUGCUGUGAUCAAUACCAAACACAGUGACCUCUGGUAUUUCUAAUGGCUCCUUGGGCAGCUUAUCAUCUCCGUAUACUUAGGUACUGAUGUCACAGUGGUGCGGGUAAAUAUGCCUGGCAUAUAUUGCUGGGGAAAGCUGUGCUAAGCAAGAUGGAUUUCUUUUUUUCUUCCCCUCCACACAUGCUGCUCCUGCAAAUCUGGGAUCCUGGGAUCCGUCAGACUGCACCUGAGGGUGCCCAGACUUAUGACAUCUGCUCCAUCUUCUGCCAUUUUUGCUGCCACUGGAUGCUUUUUGAGAUGCAGCUCUUGAUGCAGCUGGGCUGUGGAUGGCAUUAUUGUGCAUUUCUCGACAAACUAAGGUUUUUGGCUUUAACAAACUCCUGGUCUGGCAACAGUUCCAGUCUAACACCCUAAUCCUAAACUCUGUGCCUACAUAUCUUCCGCCCGUUACAGCAUGGACUCUGGCUUCGUGUAAGAUGUGUGCCCUGGGAGUUACUGGACUUUAAUUAGAACAAGAAAUGGUGGAUUGGAUGAAGGGAAAUAUUCUCCUUUUCCCCAGGCAGAGCAAGAUGGGUCAGUGACAUGCUGUGUGGCAGGAGGGCUCUACACUUGCUUUAGAUGGGAAAAUCUGGCAAAGAAAACAUUUUGUACAAAAACACUAAAAUUCUGAUCAAAUUGUGCUGUCCAGCCUCAGUCCCCAGGUACCAGCCCUUCUUCCCAGCCCUGUUCUCUGGGCUCCAACAGGAUGCAACGUGGCUGUAGCCAAGAGAUGGUCAUGGGAAUCCUGUCAUCACCCCACUCUAAAAAAGCUCAGCUCAGCAACCUGUGAGCAGGCAGCGACACCACAAAGCAAAGCAAGCCAGAGCCACAGGGCUGGAGAUCCACAAGGAUCUAGGGCUGUUAGAAAGAAUUAAUUCCUUUUUUUCACUGUUUAUAAUCCUCUGUUUUGUAAACUAACACUGCAGAUGUGAGUGACGAAUUUUGGAAAGGAGACUAGGACUGCUUUCACGCAGUAUUGCGGCUCUUCUUUCAACAAGGCCGAGAAAAAAUUAAGCAGCAAGGUUCCUGACCAAGGACUCAUGGAAAGUCAGAUUACUCAUCGCAAAGAAAAACAUGGAAACACUCAAAAAGGAGAUGACCAAGAAAUCCACUGGAUGAGAAACUUCACACCGGUGAAGCAGAAGCCAUCCAAGGAGUUGAGGCCCAUGCUGGGGGCCGUCACGCUGGGCCUCAUCCUGUUCAUUGCCGCGGUGGUGGCCUGGUGCUACUACACAGUGUCCCUGCGGAAGGCAGAGCGGCUCAAGACGGAGCUGAUGGACCUGCGGGCGGAUGGCUUCGUCAUCAGGAACCAGCACGGGGAGGUGGUGUUCCGGCUGGCGUUCCGCUCGGGGAGCCUGGACUUGGAGUCGUGCUCCAAGGAGGGCGAGAUCCUGAGCUGCACGCGGUCGGACCGGGGGCCGCUCAACUUCUUCAUCCAGACGGUGAAGCCCAAGGACACGGUGAUGUGCUACCGCGUGCGCUGGGAGGAGCUGGCGGCCGGCCCGGCGGUGGAGCACACCAUGUUCUGGGAGGACGCCCACUGGUACGGGGGCUCGGAGAUGAGCACCCAGCACUGGCCCAUCCGCCUGGCCGGCUACCAGGAGCCCGUGCCCUACGUCACCAGCGACGUCUACUCUUUCCGCGACAGCUUUGGGGGCAUCCUGGAGCGCUACUGGCUCUCCUCCAAGGCGGCGGCCAUCAAGAUCAACGACUCGGUGCCCUUCCACCUGGGCUUCAACGCCACCGAGCGCUCCCUCUUCUUCCAGGCCCGCUACAAGGACUCGCCCUACAAGCCCCCGCCGGGGCAGCAGCCCUUCCCCGAGCUGAGCUACCGCGUGUGCGUGGGCUCCGACGUCACCUCCAUCCACAAGUACAUGGUGCGCAGGUACUUCAACAAGCCCUCCAAGAUCCCUGCAGAGAACGCCUUCCGCUACCCCAUCUGGUCCACGUGGGCCCUCUACAAGAACGAUAUCGAUCAGGAUAAACUCUUGCGAUUUGCUGAAAAGAUUAAGAAAUACCGUUUUAACUGCAGCCACAUUGAAAUUGAUGACAUGUACACACAGGCCUAUGGCGACUUUGACUUUGACCCUGUCAAGUUCCCCAAUGUAACUGAGAUGUUUGGGGAGCUCUUUGAGAAGACGCCGGUGCUGCUCACGGACUAUCCCGUCGACCUGGACGAGGUCGCCUAUUUCCUCUGGGUUUCCUAA